AUGGAUCGAGGCCCCGCCAAUGUUCGUAUUGAUUGGGACCUGGGUGAGAGAAGCUUCAGCUCAACAAGAGGGGAGGCGGGGUCUGCGCGAGCGGCGGCAGCGGGCUGCCAUUGGCCUCGGCUCCGGGCCCGCUGCCGGCGUGUCGGCGAGGCUAGGGGCGCGAGGACCGAGCAGGGCGCAAUCCAAGUCCUGGGCACUGUCAAAUGGUUCAACGUCCGGAAUGGUUACGGAUUCAUCAACAGGAAUGACACCAAGGAAGAUGUCUUUGUUCACCAGGAAACAGCUAUUAAAAGAAACAACCCCAGGAAGUUUCUGCGCAGCGUUGGAGAUGGGGAGACUGUGGAAUUUGAUGUCGUGGAAGGAGAGAAGGGCGCAGAAGCCACUAAUGUAACUGGGCCCGGGGGAGUACCCGUGAAGGGCAGCCGUUAUGCCCCCAACCGACGUAAGUCCCGCCGAUUCAUCCCCCGGCCUCCCUCAGUUGCCCCACCACCCAUGGUGGCAGAGAUCCCCUCGGCGGGGACAGGACCUGGCAGUAAAGGGGAGCGGGCUGAAGACUCUGGGCAACGGCCCAGACGAUGGUGCCCCCCACCCUUCUUCUACCGACGGCGGUUUGUGCGAGGCCCCCGGCCUCCCAACCAGCAGCAGCCUAUAGAGGGCACUGACAGGGUAGAACCCAAAGAGACAGCCCCAUUGGAGGGGCACCAACAGCAGGGAGAUGAGCGGGUCCCCCCUCCCAGAUUCCGGCCCAGGUACCGAAGGCCUUUCCGCCCCAGGCCACGCCAGCAGCCUACCACAGAAGGUGGGGAUGGUGAGACCAAGCCCAGCCAAGGUCCCGCUGAUGGUUCCCGGCCUGAGCCCCAGCGCCCACGAAACCGCCCCUACUUCCAGCGGAGACGGCAGCAGGCCCCUGGCCCCCAGCAGGCCCCUGGCCCCCGGCAGCCCGCAGCCCCUGAGACCUCAGCCCCUGUCAACAGUGGGGACCCCACCACCACCAUCCUGGAGUGAUUCCAACUCAAAGGACACCCAGAGCUGCCAUCUGGUAUCUGCCAGUUUUUCCAAAUGACCUGUACCCUACCCAGUACCCUGCUCCCCCUUUCCCAUAAUUCAUGACAUCAAAACACCAGCUUUUCACCUUUUCCUUGAGACUGAGGAGGACCAAAGCAGCAGCCUUUUGCUUUUUCUUUUUUCUUCCCUCCCCUUAUCAAGGGUUGAAGGAAGGGAGCCAUCCUUACUGUUCAGAGACAGCAACUCCCUCCCGUAACUCAGGCUGAGAAGGAACCAGCCAGCUCUUACCUCCUCCUGGUUGCUUUUCUUCCCCCCACCCCAAGUUUAUUUUUGUUUUCCCCCGGCCCCCUACCUCUGAAGCCAUUUUAUGAUCUGUCAUGUGCCACCUGAGCC